AAUUCUAACCUGACAACUUGACAAUUAACAAAUUCGAAAGAAAUUUUAAUUCUAUUGCAAUAACCUUUAAAAAAAUUAUUUCUCGUAAUAUUUCUUAUAAUUUUACAAAAAACUACAGAUUUGUUUAAUACAAAAAUAAUUAUGGAAGGAUUUGAGAUAAGGAUAUCUAAUAGCAAAAAGGGAAAGGGGCUGUUUGCAACAAAGCAAUAUAAUGAAGGCGACAUUAUUUUAGAGGAAGACCCUUUAGUGUCUUGCCAAUUUGCUUGGAAUGCAGCCUACAGAUACUUAGCAUGUGAUCAUUGCAUGAGACCUCUGGAGACUCCGGAACAAAAUGUAAUACGUUUAUCAGGCAAACCGGAUAUUUUAUUGCCACAUUCCAAUUGCUUUGAAGAUGAUCUGUUAAACAUUACGAGUUGCAACCAAUGUGGUAUACUGUAUUGUUCCGAAGAAUGUAAAGUGAACUCUUUAGCUAUUUAUCAUCGUACAUUGUGUUAUAUACAGAAUGAUGCUCAUCAUCCUAUAAAUUUGCUUAUAGAGACAUGGAAACAAAUCCAUUAUCCUCCAGAAACAGCAAAUAUAAUGCUUCUAGUUAGAAUAUUGGCAUAUAUACAGCAACAUUCCGAUCCAGCAUCUGCUGCUGCAACAAUCAAACAAUUUUGUCACAGGACUGUUAAUGAAGAUGCGGAACUAGUCCACAAAGUAUUGGGUGAUGAGUUUAGUGGUCAGUUGAAUACUCUGAGGGAAAUGACAGCAAAUGUUAUUAAUGGAGAAUAUAUACAAGAGUUCCUAACUCCCGAAGGAUUUUGUUCUCUGAUGGCCUUAGUGGGGACUAAUAGUCAGGGCAUCGGCACAAGUCCCCUUUCACUGUGGGUCACUUCGGUGUCACAGUUGACCAUGUCAGAUGAUGAACGACAACAGCUUGAUAUGUUUAUCGAUAAACUGUAUCAGUAUGUUGAAGAAGAAUCUGGUCAAUUCUUAAAUACAGAAGGCUCUGGAUUGUUCCAAUUGCAGAGUGCUUGUAAUCACAGCUGUGCGCCAAAUGCUGAGUCCUCAUUUCCAUAUGGCAAUCACAGGAUACAACUCAAAGCAUUGAAACCAAUAAUGCCAGGACAGGAAAUAUAUAUAAGUUAUCUUGAUGACUGUACUCUGCAAAGAUCGAGGCAUUCAAGACAGAAGGAAUUAGCAGAGAACUACCUGUUUAUGUGUUGGUGCGAACGCUGUAGUUCUCAAAGUUCUGAGCCAGAUUGUACCAGCGAGGAGGAUAAUAGUGAAGAAGAGAUUGAUGCGGAUGACUGAUGUUCUAACUUCCUUGCCCUGUGCUUGCUGGGCAUUUAAGACACUUGUGACAACAAUAUUUACUAUAAUUUUAAUAUUUUCCUUUCCCAAUAUGUGUGCAACAUGUAAGACUUUAUACAAUCACAUUCCUCUUAAGGGAAACAUGUGUUGUGUUUAAAUAAACUCCAGUUAUUCUACUGCCAAAGUAAUACUUAUUAUUGUGUAUGUGUGCCAAUAAAGAAGUAAGGACUAUAAAAUAGAUUUGUAAGACUAGAUACCAUAAGGAGUCUGUAUCUCUAGUAGGAGCCACAUACGUGCCGUUCCUAUCUGUUAAUAUCAUGUACACAGUUAUCGAAUAAUAUAUAAUUGUUUUCUCUUUGGCUUUUUAGAUCUAUCAGUGAAUUCAUUAUUAAGUACAUUGUUUUUUGAACUAUAUGAAAAUGAUGUAAAAUAUUUAUAAAAAAUUAAAAGGAAUAUUAUUAGUGAAAGUAUUUUUAAGAAUAGUGUCGUUAUUAUAGUUUUGAAAAAAUGACACAAAUUUUUCAUACUAUUCAAUAAACAGCCAGUAUCUAGCCUACCACAAAUAUGUAACAACAGGAAUAAGUAUUGCCCUUGUAUUGAUGAGCAAGGUUUGCUCAUAAUCUUAUCUGUAUGUCUGGUUAUAGUCCAAAAACAAAAGAGAAUGUCUAUUUUAUAUACUAAUGUAAAAAGAUUGUAAAUGUAUUCAUAA